AUGUCCCGAGAGCUGUGGACCAUUACGACCCAUAACAUCCCCGCCUCUCACAUUAGAGGCUUCGAGCGAGGGACUCGCGAUGAAGAAACUUCGAAGUUGCAACUCGCCGUAAAACAGUACACACCGAAAGCGAAUCUCCAGUCCAUCCGCGGUGAUGUGACCUUCAUUAUGGCGGGUGGCAUUGAUAAUUCAAAGGAGACCUUCGAGCCCUUGUUCGACGAUUUACUGCAGCAGUUUCCAGGCAUCCGAAACAUUUGGGCCAUUGAUCCCGCCACAUAUGGAGAAUCAUUUUGGCUCAAUCGAGACACCAUCGGAGAUGAGCCUAGCUGGUUAGACAUCCCUCGCGACAUCCUGCACACCAUGAACCACUUGCAAGACCUUAUGCCCCCUCCUAUCAUUGGCAUCGGUCAUUCAUUGGGCGGCGCACUCCUGACAGUUCUUUCCACCUGGCAUCCGCGGCUUUUCACCGGUCUCAUUCUUACGGAACCUGCAUAUGGGCCCAAGAAAGGUAUAAAGUGGCCUACUCCCAACAAGUUCUAUCCUUCUGUGCUUGUUGCAAAACGUCGAGUUACUUGGGCAUCGCGAGAUGAGGCACGCAAGGCAUUCGCCAAGGCCCCCCUCUACAAAUCAUACGAUCCAAGGGUGGUCGACAAGGUAGUCCAACACGAUCUUGUGGACGUCAGCUCUCUGAACGACAAGUCUCGAAGGAGCUUAGGGAAGAUAGAACCCGGGACAAGCGUCACUCUAGCUACGCCAAAAUCUAUCACAGAGUCGAUAUGGGUGCACCCAAGACCAAAGCUCGCCAACUUCCCUGCGAACCCAGGAGAUGAUAUUCCAGAUGAGCAUGUCAACCCAAUCCCCGGCUUUGGACGUCCUGAAGCACCAGUUACGUGGAACUCAAUACCACACCUCUACCCACCAGUGCUUCUAGCGUGGGGUGCGGAGUCCGAGCUGUUUGGAGAGAAACGCGCAGCCAAUCGAAAGUGGACUGCGGGUGUCAUGGGCACAGGACACGGCGGUGGAGGAGGUCUUGCGAGUGGUCAGGUUACUGAAGUCUCGAUCGCCGGUGCCCACCAUCACAUCCCCUUCGAGAAGCCUACGGAUCUCGCGAGAGCUGCGGCAAGUUGGUCGAAGAAGAUUAGAGAAGGCUGGCUUCAGAAAAUGGAUGAGAGGAAGAGUCAGCCCGAGAUUGACCACUACAAGGUCAAUGAAGAGAUUUUGAGUCGAUAUGCAAAGCUCUGA